AACUCUCACUUCCACUCUUCUCACUCCCACGCGCCAUCAAAUUCAGCUUCCUCUCUCUCAUUCACCAAUCUAUGGCUUCUUCUUCUUCUUCUUCCUCUUCUAUGCUCCUACUCCAACUCAACUUCCUUGCACCGCCCAAACCACGCCCUUCCCUCUCUACCUUCUCCUCCCUUUCUCGGACCUCCAGGCGCAAUGUCGCUCCCCGCGCCGUCAAGGAAGACGGCGCCGUCAUCGACAGAGUCAACGACGUCAAGUGGACCGGAAACGGAGCUGCCACCGCCUACGUCAACGGCGUUAGGGAGAGUGAGACCGCGAAUGGAAGGUUGGUGAAGUACGUGAACGGCAACGGCAACGGCAACGGCGUGGCGGCGGAAGUGCUGGAAGAUUUUGCCCAAGCGUCGAGGCGGAGUGAGGAUGGGAGGAAGAAGAGGUUGGAGGAGAUUGGGAAAGAGGACGCCUGGUUCAAAAAACAGAGUGAGGAAACACCGAUUGAGGUGGCGGUUGCUCCUGGAGGUCGUUGGAGCAGGUUCAAGACUUACUCCAUGAUCCAGAGAACGUUGGAGAUUUGGGGCUUUGUUAUAACGUUUAUCUUCAAGUCUUGGCUGAAUAGUCGGAAGUUCUCUUAUAAAGGAGGAAUGACAGAGGAAAAGAAGGUCUUGAGGCGAAAGACCCUUGCCAAGUGGCUGAAGGAGAGCAUUCUGAGAUUAGGUCCUACAUUUAUCAAAGUCGGCCAGCAAUUCUCCACGAGAGUGGACAUUCUUCCACAAGAAUAUGUUGACCAGUUGUCUGAACUUCAGGAUCAAGUUCCUCCAUUUCCCUCGGAGACCGCUAUAGCUAUUGUUGAAGAAGAACUUGGUGCUCCUUUAGCUAGUGUCUUCGAUCAGUUUGACUACGAACCAAUAGCUGCUGCAAGUCUUGGUCAGGUUCAUCGUGCGAGAUUAAGGGGACAGGAGGUUGUUGUUAAAGUGCAAAGGCCUGGUCUUAAAGAUCUUUUUGAUAUUGAUCUUAAAAACUUGAGGGUUAUUGCUGAAUAUCUUCAAAAAAUUGAUCCUAAAUCAGAUGGUGCAAAGAGGGAUUGGGUUGCUAUUUAUGAUGAGUGUGCCUCUGUUUUAUAUCAGGAGAUUGAUUACACCAAGGAAGCUGCUAAUGCAGAACUAUUUGCAAGUAACUUUAAGAACUUGGAUUAUGUGAAAGUCCCUACAAUCUUCUGGGAUUAUACCACUCCACAGAUUCUGACAAUGGAGUAUGUUCCAGGGGUUAAAAUAAAUAAAAUACAAGCUUUAGAUCAACUGGGUGUUGACCGCAAAAGGUUAGGACGAUAUGCUGUUGAGUCUUACUUGGAGCAGAUUUUAUCACACGGUUUCUUCCACGCUGACCCCCAUCCUGGAAAUAUUGCAGUUGAUGAUGUCAAUGGUGGAAGAUUGAUCUUUUAUGAUUUUGGAAUGAUGGGAAGUAUCAGUCAAAAUAUCCGAGAAGGUUUACUUGAAGCUUUUUAUGGAAUUUAUGAGAAGAAUCCAGAAAAGGUCCUUCAAGCAAUGAUUCAAAUGGGUGUUCUUGUCCCAACUGGAGAUAUGACUGCUGUUAAACGAACAGCACAGUUCUUCCUCAAUAGUUUUGAAGAGCGUCUGGCUGCACAAAGGAGAGAGAGAGAGAUGGCAACAGCUGAACUUGGAUUCAAAAAGCCAUUAAGCAAAGAGGAAAAAGUAAUGAAGAAGAAAGAACGUCUGGCUGCUAUUGGUGAGGAUUUAUUAGCCAUUGCAGCAGACCAGCCCUUUCGGUUUCCUGCCACAUUCACAUUUGUUGUUAGAGCCUUCUCAGUGUUGGAUGGCAUUGGAAAGGGCCUCGAUCCUCGUUUUGAUAUUACUGAGAUUGCCAAACCUUAUGCUCUGGAGUUGCUAAAAUUCCGUGAGGCAGGAGUUGAAGUUAUCAUAAAGGACUUCCGAAAGAGAUGGGACAGACAAUCUCAAGCAUUUUACAACUUAUUUAGACAGGCUGAAAGGGUUGAAAAGCUUGCUGAAAUCAUCCAAAAAUUGGAGCAAGGUGAUCUAAAGCUCCGAGUCCGAACUUUGGAAUCUGAGAGGGCAUUCCAGCGUAUUGCCACUGUCCAGAAGACAAUAGGGAAUGCAAUAGCUGCUGGGAGCCUAAUAAAUCUUGCAACAAUUCUGUAUCUUAACUCAAUUAGGGUGCCUGCCACUAUAGCAUAUGUCUUUUGUGCAAUCUUUGGUUUUCAAGUUCUCUUUGGCAUUGUGAAGAUCAAGAAGCUAGAUGAAAGGGAAAGGUUGAUUACAGGGACUGCAUAAGAACCAACUAGAUUUAGGAUGGAUAUGUAGCUCAUGUUAAGUUCAUGGUUACAAGUCAACCUCCGGGGCCUCAAAAUGAAUAGGAGGUCAAAGAGCUAACAUCUUGGAAGACAUCAACACGUGCUGAGGCUUUAUGCUGGAGGCUUCUGUUCUCCUUUAUUUUGCUAAAAUGAUCGGGCUGAGGUAGCCAAUUGGCGAGCCACAUUUUUGUAAUUAACAUGACCCCCUCACGCUCCCUUAUUGCAAAAUUUUAUAACAUUUAUUACCCUUUUUCUUCUUACCUCCAUAUUGUAAAUUUUAUAGGCAUUGGUGUAGCGAUUAUUGUUGUAAUCACCAUAUGGUAUGGUGCAGCUUCCAAUAUAGUCCGACAGCGGGAAGCUUUUCAUGUAACUGACGUACAUAAAUUUGUCAAAUGAAAAUGCAAAUGUAUGUAUUUGCCUUACAUUUGCUGGAUGGCCAAA